CUCUUUUAAUCCGUCUGCAGGUAUAUUGCUAACGCUUUCAUAACCCGCAGCAAUGUUUCUGCAGUACUACCUCGAUGAGCAAGGAAAUAGGGUCUACACUCUCAAGAAGGUGGAUCCCACUGGCCAGCCAACGUGUUCAGCCCAUCCUGCCCGCUUUUCUCCAGAUGACAAAUAUUCCCGACACAGGAUCACCAUCAAGAAACGCUUUGGAGUCUUGAUGACCCAGCAGCCUCGGCUCGUUGUGUAAACUGCUUGCCAGCCAUUCUGGUAGGGACCUCUGCAGCCCAUGGAGAUGAGACAAGCUUCCAGCUCCAAAGCAGCCUCGAAGAUGUUGGCACAGAAAACAAAAGUACCAGAUCUGCAUUUCUUCAUUCCACUUUAUCACUCGGACUUCUAGAGAGCCACUAAUGAUGUGCGAGGAAACUCCUGCAAUCUUCAAAUGAGCUUGAAUUCCUUCAGUUGUACCUGCUUGCCCCCUUGAUUCUGGAAAUAAAGCAAAUGAAAUAUUUCAUUUUA